AAUAAAUACUUGAACAGAAGGUGUUUUCAAGGUCAAGUGCAAUAUCAGCGUUGUCACAAUCAUCUGCUAUUUUGCAUAUUUACGUUACCGUAUGUCAUAAUAUAAUUUAUUGAAAAACUUGCCAAGAAUGGCAAGCAGGGCAGUUAUACGGGACGCCGUUUCAUCCGACGUGGAGUCGUACGUCAAGUGGGGUCUCGAUGAGGGAUGGAACAUGUCGCAGGACGUACCCACCUACUUUGCAUCAUAUCCAAAAGGAUGGCUGAUUGCCCAGAUUGGGGACGUGGUGGUGGGUAAGCUGUACAGCACCUGCUACCCCAGCGGAAUGGGUCACAUCGGCUACGUCAUGGUGGUGAAAGAGUGGCGUGGCAAGGGGGUGGGGACGGCGCUGCUGCGACACGUGUUGGACAAUCACCUCGCCACCUGCAGCCUCGGCGUGGGGCUCUACUCCGCACUCGAAAACUUGCCAUUCUAUCAAACCUUAGGGUUCCAAGUGGAACAAAAAGCAUUUCGCAUGAGCCGACCAACAGCGUUGGAUGACGCCAAGUUAUCCCAAAGGAAAGAGUGCGUAGACGUCGCAGUUCAAGCUAUGAAUCCGGACACCGAUUUGGAGAAAAUAGCUCAAUUCGACGCCGCCACGAGUGGCGCUUAUCGUCCGGGAUUCUGGGCGCAGUUUAAUGAGGGUCGAACGAACUACGUUGCUGUUCUCGUCGUGGAAUCAGGUGGAGAAAUAUUGGGCUUGGGGGCACAUCGUUCCUUGACCAACUCGACAAGGGUGGGGCCCAUCUACGCUAAAUCCGCAGCCAUUGCGGAGGCAGUUCUGUUAAAAUUACUGAGUCAAGUGGAUGGAGGAGGUGUCGUCACUUUAGACACUUUUUCCAACAAUACAGAAGCUGUACAAAUGUAUGAAAAACAUGGUUUCACCAUAACGCCGGACACCUAUUUACUCCGCCACCCGUCUGGAAACCAAACCAUGCAGGGCCAUCCUUCCUCCCUCAACUCUCAAACAAUUUUCGCCAUUACUUCACUCGACUUUAACUAACAGUGCAAACCUUAGAGUAUUUAAUAAUAAUAUUAUUAAAUAUUAUUAUUAGAUACUCUAAGGUGCAAACUAACUCGUUUCGAUUUGAGACGUUAUUACCCUAACUUUACAUAGAUAUUUAAGCGUGAAACGAAGUGUCCAACGACACCACACGUUACACUCCUGUCCAAACUUUUGAAUUAUUCACAACUCUGUUAUGUAAACUUUCUCCAGAUAAAUUAAAAUGUUUUUGCCAGUUCCGGGUUGAACGGCUCA